CUGAUCUGUGAGACGGGGCUUCCUGUGUCUCCGAAAACUGCCAUCGCUGCAGUUUGCAAACAACCUGUGGGAGGUUGAGCCUUUCUUCUCUCACGUUCUCUGCUCUCACUUCCUUUGCUCACAGCCCUGCAGAGAUUCAGUUCAAUAUGUCAAAGGCAAGGAAGGAAGGCAGAGGCAGGUAGAAGCUUCACCCCCCCCCCAGAUCUGCCAAUUCUUGGGGUACCGCUGAGGGGGGGGGCGAGAAGGCAGAAUCCCAUCCUCCUCUCCUGAUGUGGCAGGUUGCCCCAAAGUUUGCUGAUGUUCUUCUUUCCCUCCGGCUGAAAUUCUACAUUUGGUGGAUGAAGCUUCAGACCAUCCUGCCACGCGUUGCUGACUUUUUUGGGGUGGCCAUGCAGAAUCUGUGCCCUGUGCUGCUGGGGUUUCUUUUUUGCCCGCCUGUUCUGCUGGUCAAGCCCUUCGUACUUUUUCGCCCAGCCCAGUUACGUUUAACGGAAGGAGAAACGGCGACGUUUACUUGUUCCAUCUCCAACCCCGAUUAUGGCAAUUAUCUGAACUGGUACCAGUGGGGCCCCGACUGCCAGCCAGUCAAACUGGACCCCGGCAGCCGGAAGUACAGCGUUUCCAAACGAGACCGUCGCACCUACCAGAUGGAAAUCCGGGACGUGGAGAAGAACGACAGCGGGAUGUACUAUUGUUGGGUGAACGCCAUCCAGUUGAAGGUGCCCUUUCUGAAGAGCAACGAAGGCAACCUCACCGUGACAGAGAAAGUAGCUGCAGCUCAACCUCCAAACGAGACCUCACAGGUCAAGGAGAAGGACAAAGGUGGUGACCGUAAAGAUGCCAAAACGUCUUUCACUGAUUUGCGAGGGACUGGACUGUUCGUCCUGCUCGUGGUCUUAUAUUUCUCCGUGUGGCUCAUCCGAAGGAGAAGACAAAGUAAGCAAUUUUUUUUUUAAAAUAAUAUUUUGUUAGUUUUACAAUUAAGUAUUUAAAAAACAGUGUGGUGACCGGGUUGUUAUGUGCUCCUGGCCACUUUCCUCCAUGUCCA